CUUGUUUCUGCAAAAUACUCUGUUUCUUUAUAUGGACCGGAGUAACGAAACGUUAAAGAUUGCAAUCCAAGAAACGGUUGGCACUUGAAGACCUUGCGGCAGCGAAAUGGGGGAAUCAGUGGAGACUAGCAAGAGAGAUAUGGUGAUGGAUGAGAAGAUCUAUAUAGCGGUGACAGGGAGAGAUCUGGAGAGCAAAUCUAGUCUCGUUUGGGCGAUACAGAACAGUGGAGGCAAAGAGUUUUGCAUCGUCUAUGUUCAUCAACCGAUCCAGAAACUGCGGAAAGAGAAGGAGAGAGCACACAAGAGUUUGGACAAGUACCUUAAUAUAUGCAGGCAAAUGCAGGCCAGUGCAGAGAAGAUAUGCAUUGAAAUGGAUUCAGUAGAGGAAGGUAUCCUCCAAUUGAUUUCUAACCGCGGAGUCAAGAAACUUGUCAUGGGAGCAGCAGCUGAUAGACACUAUUCAAUGAGAAUGAGAGACUUGCAAUCCAAGAAAGCUAUUUACAUUCACAGAAAAGCCCCUGCUACUUGUCAUAUAUGGUUUACAUGCAAGGGAUACUUGAUAUGUUCAAGGGAAGGUAGGAGAAGAGAUAAUUUAUAUCUAGAAUGUGCAUCAUCAAAUUCUUCGAGCCAAUCCGAGAUAACUAAUGGAACUGAAAGUGUUCCAAGCUCGAGUAUGGUCAAAGUUGAUGGUGAACUGAUUCAAGUAGAUGAUGCAAUCAACAGGGUACAUGCUAAACAGUCAGAAAAUGUGUAUAUCAAUGAAUUGACACAUCGGAAAGAAACAGAGAAGUCACUAAGCAAAAAUAAAGAACUUGAGAAGAUGAUAAGAAAGCUUCAAUACAAAUACAGCUUAUCAGUGGAAGCAUUGAGAAGACUUAGGCAAGAACGUGAAGAGUUGAAGAUAGAGCUUAGAGAAGCAUCAAAGCUGAAGAGUAACCGCAAGAACCAUGGACCACCUCAGUACUUCCUAUGCCCCAUUACACAAGAUGUGAUGGAGGAUCCACAUGUAGCAGCAGAUGGUUUUACAUAUGAAGGAGAAGCCAUAAGUAGUUGGUUUGAGAGAGGACAUGAGACUUCUCCAAUGACAAACAAGAGACUUCCUCACACGUGCUUAGUUCCAAAUCUUGCUCUUCGAUCUGCAAUUCAAGAAUGGCUUCAAGCAUCAAAGCUCAUGAAAGAUUAGCAUCUCCAGUGACCAACAUUAAGUCCUUAGUGGCUAAUCUAAUCAAGGAUGCUCACUCAUCUCUAAUGGCAAACAUUUUGUUUUAGUUCAGUCAUUUUCCUAACACUAGCUAGCUGGUGUUGGUUGGUAUGAGUUCAAGUCUUUUGUAAUAUUCUUUAUUAUUAAUGAUAUUGUUUUUGUAAAUCAUUAUUUUUUCAGCACUACAAUAAAUUUGAUUUAAACGUAAAACAUUUUAA